CACACACACUCUUUCCCUCCUCCCCUGGGUGUUCCCCUCGUUACAGCACCGGUACCAUACAUCAUUUCCCAUCCAGUCCAUCUGCCCCCUUCCCCUUCUCUCCCUAACCUCCUCCUCUUUCUUCCCACCGCUCGUUGCUAUUGCCGCCGCUGCCUUCGUUUUUUCCUGUUUUCGGUGGACCGUUGUACGCGUACUGUAUCAUCAUUCCGUCGCUCUCUAUUCCGUCGCUCCCGUUCUGCGUACCUACGGCUGCUUUUGGUAUGUCAGUUGCAUGCUUGUCCUCCCAUCCAUCCCCUCCCUCCUUUGGCCAAGCUACCCUUUCCCCAGCCUUCCCCAAUUUGGGUCCAGUCUGGAUAAGUCCUUGUCUCGCGGAGAACCUGUUUACCGAUUGUUACUCACUACUUCCCCCCCACCCAGUUACGUACCCUUCCCACUCUCGUUGCUUCCUAUACAUAAACACACACGCACUUACUCAAACACCUCGAAACAAGUACCGCUAUUCCAGUUGUCACCGUCGCUCUUUUAACUAUUCUUCUGGUUCCGCUGUUCCUCGUGUUGUCCACCCUUAGUGACACGGGUUCCUUUUUUUUUUUUUUGCUUCCUCUUUCUGCCGGUAGUCAUUAGGCGUUUUAGGGCCAAAAGGGGAGGAGGAGAAAGGAAAAAAGAAACUUGUGGCCGAGUUCGGAAGCCGACGACGUGGGUGCUUUCAGCACUUAUUUCUAGGUUGGAUUGUGGUAGACUGCGCCUCGACCUUGCUUCGCUUCAGCCUUCGCUCACUUUGUUGCUCCUCACCAGCACAGAGUGGGAAGCGCUUUCCCUUGUUCGCAGAUAUCAUCGUGGGAAUUAAUUAUCAUGCGGUGGAAUUCCUCGCUCCUCUUGUACCUACUACUGGCGCUGCUCGCUACAACCGUCUUGUCACAAGACGACUCUGGGACGGGGAACCCACCUGCGUCGACCAAUAAACCCCCUGAGACAUCGAAGCCGCCUGAGCCGACGACAACAGAACCGCCCAAGGAAACCUCAACGAAGGAUGGCGAUAACAAACCUUCCAAUGCCCCAGAAUCUACGUCGUCUGUGCGCAUCACGGCGGGCAGUACUUCUGAGACCGAAGCCACGGACGCUUCUCCCGCCAGCAACACUAGGUUCCCUUCAGUUUCAAAGGGCUUCGCGCCGGCUACCCCCACCGCUACUGUUCCACCAACUGCGAACGCACCCUUCAUGCAAAAGUCCUCAUUACCCGAGGGAACUGUAUUCAUUGCUGUGGGAUCUGCUUUGGGAUUGUUCGGCCUGUCGGUCAUACUUUGGAGAUGCCUUGUCGCCUGGUCACUCCAUCGUUCAGUCAAGCGUGCGGCGAUGAAUGCUAAUAUAUCGGACACCAAGGCCCUGAUCCGCCCACCCCCUAACGGUGGAAACGGUGGCUUCUACGCGGCGGGUCCGGGUUCCACUCUAUCACUCGACCACUUAGGCGCGCCACCCCGCCCAGGAACCAACCCGAACCGCCAACAAAAUCCCACCUCCAGUUUAUUCUUCUCACCAACCGCCGGAACGGGGAAUGCGGGUGGGGACAGACGGUCCCAGUAUCUUCCUUCGGGAUACUAUGCUGCUGGAGCCCGCGAUAGCACCGUCGGAUCGGGCGGUCAUCCAAACUCGUCACACACACAUCUCGCGACCCACAGUGUCUCCUCAUCCCGCUACAACCCCAACCGAGGUAUGGGAAUUUCGCCACCCGGCUCACCGCUCAUUGCCCCUACCGGUCCCGCUGCUCGUGGCGGCAGUAGCCACAGCGGUGGCCAGCAGUUGGGUGGCCUGAGAGGCAGCGAAAGCCACACAUCUCUCAAUUUACCACCCUCCGGCAGGGCUCCGAGUGCGUACCUCGAAGACCUCUUUGAGAACCACCGACAACAGAGCCCUGGAAACAACGGCCGUUAUUGAUCACGUACGCGAUGAUUAGCCCGGGAGUCAAGGAAACUAAAUUUAGAUGCCCUUCUUCUUUUUCUUUUCUGCCCCUCUACAUAAAAUACCAUUAUUUUCCUCCCAUGUACGGGUUUUCUUUUUCAUUAUUUGGCCUGUUUUGUAUUGUCCUGCGUUGCGCUACAAGAUACGAUGUGUAUUCCUUCUCUUGCUUCUUCCUUUCGCUGCUUUAAGUCAUUGUUAUGGGCUGGGCGCUUCAAUCGAUUACUUUUUGUCUUUUCCACACUUUUACUUACCCUUCCUCCGAGCUUGGUUCUUUGAACUUGCAGAUAAUGGCCAAGGGGCAGAUGCUCUAGGGGGCAUCUCAUGAGAUCUCUUGUAUGUAUGUAGUUAUGUAGGAGGUUAGGCAGGGGUGUUUGUUCUGUUCAAAUUUUGAUACUUAGAAGGUUAAGUUAAGCAAGCCAAGGUUCAGACGCUCGUUCUACUUCCCUCAUCUGCUCGAGGCUUUCCUUUCCCUCCAUUCCUUUCCCCGUCCGCUCACUUUGGAGCAGAGAGCGUUGGGAGAAGGAAGUAAAAGUAUAUAGGACCGUACACCCAUCGGGUGGAAGCAUUCUCAAGCCCGCAGAGUGCUUCGUACAGUGCACGAAAUCUUGGCCGAAGUACAAGUACAAGUGAGAGCCCAGCGCAGCACACGAUAUGUUACCACCGUCUCACCUGCUCCACCAAUGCACUCUGCUGGUAGUAGAGUACCCCCCCCUCUGGCUCACAAGGCACAACCCAAACCAGAUAGAAGAGGAUACCGGGUUUCCAGCUACCAUUAAUCCGUAAACUCCCCUCAAACAAAAUGGUACCUCAAAAUGAGCAGCCAAGUAUCCGAUAUCCGCAGUGCGACUGCUUACGAUCGCUAUUAUUUUUACUCCAAGUAUAUACGAAGUGCUGGACAUCCCGAGUUCUAACAAUCGACCGGGAUGUACGAU